AUGAGAGCGGUACGAUUCCACGACCGAGGCGAUGUGCGUGUAGAAGAGAUCCCGGAGCCGAAGCUCGAAGACGAGAGGGACGUUAUCGUCGAUGUGCACUGGGGUGGUAUAUGUGGUAGUGAUCUGGUUGGUAUACCAGCGGACUUACCUAGCACGAAAUGCUUCACUGACCCACCAUACAAACAGCACGAAUACAUAGCCGGCCCAAUGGUGAUCCCCAAACCAGGCCACCCACACGCAGUAACAGGCGACACUCUGCCUAUAGUGCUAUGCCACGAGUUCUGCGGGAAGAUUGCUGGUCCCGUGCCUGCUGGCCGGAAAGCAGCAGACGGUCAGGAACUCAAGGAAGGGAUGCCGGUGAUGGUGGACCCGCGAGUGAAUUGCCAAAACUGUCAUUCCUGUAUCCAGCUUCGAUCGAGCAAUAUUUGUCCGUCUUGGGGGUUCCAUGGAUUAUCUGGAGGCGGCGGUGGGUUCGCCGAGAAGUGCGCUGUCAGGGCUAACAUGUGCUAUCCUCUACCCGAAAGUGUUGAUCUGAGGAAUGCAGCACUCAUUGAGCCUUUAGCUGUUGGCAGGAGAGCGUUGACGCAGUGCCAAUUUGCUGCUUCGAAGUGGUCGAAGAAGUCCGUGUUGAUUCUCGGUGGUGGGCCAGUCGGCAUCGCAGUGAUCUUCAAUCUGUUGGCUUUUGGUGUCGAUGCGGACAGGAUUUUCUGUUCUGAGCCUACUGCUUUGCGGCAGGAGCAAUGCAAGAAGCUGAUCAAAGCUGUCUUCAACCCUAGAGACGUCGAGGUGCCAGAUGAGUGUCGAAAGGCGACUCGAGGCGAAGGUGUUGAUGUAGCAUUCGACUGUGCUGGAGUCGCACCCGGUAUGAAGGAUGGCAUGAAUGCACUCAGGAGGCAGGGCACGUAUAUGAAUGUCGCUGGAUGGGAAACAGCUUUUGAGCUGCCAAUGCAAUGGUUCAUGAUGAAGGAGAUUGUGGUGAGAACGAUCAUGGCAUAUAAUAAUGACGAUUUUGCAGAGACCGUGAAAGAUUAUGUGGAUGGCAAGUUCAAGGGCGCUGAGAUGAUGGUUACCGCCAGGAUCGGAUUGGAUGAUGUGCCCAAAAAAGGUUUUGAAGCUUUGGUGAACAACAAGGACGCACAUGUCAAGAUUCUAGCCACACCGAAGAGAGAGCUUCUCGAAUAG